GUAUAAAAUAACAGUUAUAUGUAUUGUCGAAAUAUAAAAUAUUUUAUUUAAAGAAAGGCAAGUAAAGCAAAUCUUAUAUAGAUUGGGAUUCUGUUUUUUCGUUUGGUUCAAUUAGCACUUGUUCUAAGAAUCACUUUCGCCCGUCAAACUUUUUUUGGAAGAUGUGAACCUGAGGAAGACGACGAUGGGGGUUUCUGUCUCUUCGAAUAAACAGCUCAACUUUUCAUUGACUGAAAUCAGAGACUAGUGAAUGGUGGCCAAACCAACCUUCUUUUGAAAUUUUUUUUUAUCAUGAAACAAACACUCGAUAAGUGUUUGGUGGGAUUGAAAAGGAAUUAUCCACUAUGAUCUGCUCCAGCACUCUCCAAGCUGUACUACUUUCAAGUGAUCUUCCAAGCUGCAGGCUAUCGGUGUCAGCAUUUGCUUGGUGACGUUUUAGAGAUCUGAGAACAGGAAAUAGUCGCUGGGGACAAGAUCUGUAGAAUACGGUGAAUUCAAAGAGCAAUACGAAGCCCAAUUCAUGGAUUGCUGUCAUCGCUUUUAUUGACUUCUGACACGGUACAAUAUUUUGAUGAAACGACGCUUUCUUUUUCUUUAAAUGCGCCGCUUUUGGACAAUUCCGUGAUGGUCCAGCAAUGCUAUAUAAAAGCCGCUGUUGAUGAUACUUUUUUUUUCAAGGAAGUUGGUUAAAUUUUUGUCCAUGCGCAUUCCAAAAUACAGACGCCAUAACCUUGCUAGACGACUGUUUCGUGUUUCCAUGCUUUGGAACGGGUUGAUCGUAUGCAGUCCACUCGAAUGACUGCCGAAAGAACUUCGGAGUGAAAUGAUGGAGCCACGGUUCAUCUAUUCUUACAUAUCGAUGUAAAAACUCGGUUUUAUUAUUGUUCCACGUCUAAACUUAGCAUACCAAUACUUAAUGAUUGAUUUUUAUGUGGCAGUGUUCUGAAACUCGUUGUCAAGCCAAGUUUUUGGCAUCAACUGAAUCUUUUGCCAUCAAAAAGCAUUCUCUUCAACAAUUCGAAAUUAUUUUUUAUAAAUUUUUCACAAAGAACAAAAGUUACUUCAUUCAAAAUGAUAUGUAUUAUUCAAAAACUAAUGAUCCGACAUCUGUUAGGGCUAACAUAAAAAUCAUAUGGAUAUAUUCCAGUAGCGCCAUCUAUGUGUCACGCCGGGGACUUUUCAAUUGACCUACUAAUGUGAUUGUAAAGUGUUCAUUAUAUUCCGAAUAUAAUUUAUUAUUUAAAGUGGCAAUUAUUAUUUUAAUUAAAAUAACUGACAAUACUUAAGCUCAUGUAGGACACGUUUAGUGUGAAAGUUAAUUCAUAGGCAAUUCCUCAGGGUAUAAUAAACUUAUAAUUACUAGCGAUUAUCUAUCAAUUAAUGAGUUUGCUUAACGCGAGGGAGUGGCAAAUUAAAAUCCUCAGGCGCAAAAUAUAAAAGCAACGCUUGGCCUCCAACCAUUUAGUUCUCAUUCAGCGCUUUGCGGUCUCACAUAUCCUCAAAAACAAAACAAAAAGAAAUGUUUCGAUUGUUUUUCUACAACGCCUUACUAAUUCUACACUGUCAUGCCAAGGACGCUGACAUUGUGGAUUUAGUGAAUGAUUUGAGUCAGGGUUUGGCCGCCACAACGAACGUUGUCUACGACUUCAACGCAGCAACGCAUUUUGCUGCCAUUAUGAAGAGUUUGACUUCCCCGAAGCUCAUCAUUACCAGAAAUAUAACUUACGAAAUAAGACACACUUUCGAUAAAGAAAUAUUGUGUGUAAUUUUCUUGGCGGACACCCCCACGUUGGAUCAAAACUGGCACAGUGUAGUAUUCGGCACUCUUAAGCGUUUGCACCACACCGAUGUGCUCUUCCACUGGCCGCGAGAAUUCACUUCUGUGACAGGUAUUUGGUUGAAACUCUUCACACUUUUUUGGCAGCAUGGUUUCCACAAUUUACUGGUGGUAGAUAUGCGUGCUCAACUACUAACUCUGGAGCCAUUUCCAGAACUGCGUGUGAUUAACACUACUUUGGAGACAUAUCUGAGUCAACGCCACAAUACUUGGCGUGAUUUGAAAGGUCACCGUUUACGCAUCUCUUACGCGCACGAUCCACCACGUACGCUCGUCUAUCGACAGUCGGAAACAGCAGCGUGGCAGUUCGAUGGUGCUGCGCCACAUAUAUUUGCGGCGUUCGCGCAACGUUACAAUGCUACGAUUGUGCCUUGGAUAGCACCAAACUCUGGCGAUUUUAAUGUAGAUCACGUUUGCAGUGAACGUUUGCGCAAACGCCUCGUGGAUGCUUGCAGCGAUUGGGCGGUUUACAGCCCAGAGGUGAUUGUGAGCCCGCCACUACAAUUAUAUAACUGUCAUUUGGUGGUCCGUUACGCGCCACCACUCUCUAAGCUGUACUACUUUCAAGUGCCCUUCCAAGCGGCUGUCUGGCAGGCAAUCGGUGCCAGUAUCUGUUUGGCGACUUUUGCCACCGCACUCUUGACGCGACUGCAAUGCGGCGAAUGGCACUUCGGUAGGUUGGGCUUGGAUGUGUGGGCUAGCUUUCUAUAUUUAGGAUUUAGUAUGCGUCCAAUGCAGAGGCACCUACGACCGCUUGUAUUUUUAACACUCUUCAUUAGCGGUUUCAUGCUCAGCAAUUUGUAUUUAGGCUACCUAUCGAGCAUACUCGGCAAGAGUGUUUAUGAGCCGCAAAUCAGGACGCUGGAGGACUUUCGGCGCAGCAACAUAACCGUAAUGGCGCAUGAGUAUCAGGAUUUUGUAUUUAAAAAAUAUGGCGCACCAGCGAUUGUGGCCGAUCGCUUGCAUAUUGUCAGCUAUGAGGAGUUUCUAACUCAUCGCAAUAAUUUCGAUACACGCUACGCUUAUAUGAAUCCAGAGAUAACACAGGAACUAUUUGCCUACCAGCAGAAAUUCUUGCGACGUCCAAUCAUGCAAAUAUUGGAGAAACCGAUACUUGUCGCACUGGCAGGACAUGCGCUCAAAGAGGGUUGGCCACUAGAGGAGCUUUUCAACAAACACUCUCUCGAAAUGUUCGCCGUUGGGCUGUAUAAACGGCUCAAGGAAGAAGCGAAUCAGAAAACCAUAAGUUUGGGUUAUGUUGAUUAUGCGCGAAAGGAAAAUGCAGGUGUCAGACCGUUAGGUCUAGAAUAUAUUGCUAUGCCAGCGCUACUGUUGGGCUGUGGCUUUGGUUUGGGUUUUGUGGCGCUCCUGCUGGAGUCACUGUUUUAUAAAAUCAAAAAAUGUCGGAAAGUAUGAAAGCACAAGUGUACAAGUACGUAAAUUUCUAAGAAAUAAGUAAUAUUAUCAAAAUAUUCGUAUAUUAUAUCUGAAGUAAGCCUAUCAAGUCAUUGAACUGCCUUAGUGGCCAUGGAAAAUUACGCACUCUGCGCAAAUAAAUGCAAACACCCGCACAAACCAGUUCGUUUUUUAUUAUUCGACUUCCGAUAAUUAGUCAAUGUCUUUGGCACAAAUAUUUAAUAAAAACAAAAACAAAUAUUAUUGGCAUUUCUAAAUUGCCACACAAAAAGCCUUCCGUUUAUGUGUCAGAGGUUUUGACAGCUCAAGUGGGCAGCGGACUUCUUGGUUUUCAGAUACAAGUGAAAUACCGAUAAGUUAGCGAUUAUCAGCGAUAAUGCAUUCUUGCUAUCAAAAUUGUUUCGCUUUCUUGGAGUUGGAAAUGACUGGCGCCUGCGCCUUUUUGAGAAAUCAGUAUGUGCUCCAAAAUUGUUUAAUAUUGUGUCACGAAAAAGAGUCGGAAUGUGGUUGCUCGUUCUACGUCACUGGUGAAGUGCUGAUAUUCGCUUAAAAAAUGCUCUGAAUCGUCAGGGUAUAAGGCAUUUCGUAAACCGUUUCAAUCUACAGAGCCUUGAUAGUGGCAUAGGUUACUUAUAUGGUUACUCUACUUAGUACGUAGUAUAAUGAUUCUGAAAUCGGCUAAGCGGUGUGGAACUUAACUAAAAAGUAGUCUUGUGAUUAAAGAUAAGUAUAUUGCAAAAUGAUUUAUCUCCAAAAUCUGCGCAAUUUUCGAAUAUUUUUUUUAAAUCCAUAAAACUUCUAAUACCGCUGUAAUUUCAAAGGGAUAUUUACACAACGUAUUAAAUGUGGCUACCAACAUGUUGUUAAGCUAUUUUUAGCGCCACUAAAUCAGCGCUUAUACGAGUAUUAGGCAAAUUGUUAUUUCCGUUGAAAAAAGUUAAGGAAUUUUGAAAAUAAAUAACAGAUAAUAUAAAUUUAGCAGCCUUGAGAAUGUAAACAAAGGAAACCUCAUAAAAAUUUGCUAAAUCAUUUGUAAAUCCAUUUCAAGCAACACUCCUACUGAGUUAAGCCAUACUCAGCGCGGCACUAAGGCAUUUACUUACUAAAAAUAUUUAGUAAACAAUAAUCGGCUGCACUUUGCUAAUUAUAUGCGACGUGAUAAUAUGGAUAGAACUAAAAUAGAUAAUAUUAAAUUAAAUCAGAUAACGGCAAAUCCAAAACAAAGCAAUUGUGGAAAUUCUCGGAAAACACUUCAAUUUUAAACCGGUAUAAAUUGGUAUAAAGUAGUUGUACUUCUGUGUUUACAAAGAAAGCUGAGGAAUGCUUAAAAUAUUUCUAAUUAUUGUGAAAUUGUUACUAAAUCAUUAUCUACAAGGCGUUAUUCUUCUGUGUUAUCUCUGUAAGGGUGUUUACCUGUAUUCAUAAUCAAAUAAAGCCGCAUAUGUAACUGACCUUUGCGGUAUUAAACGGUUUUCCAUUGACAUUGGCAGGCAAACGAAGCGGUUAAAGUUGGUUGAUUGUAUGCUGCUUGAAAAGCAAGCCCAAAGCUCUGGUAUUUGUGCAGCUCUACAGCUUUGGCGAAACUUUAGCUCUUCAAUGUCACAAUUAUUUAUUACAAAAAUAUAAGCAACUAUGUCUCUAACUAAUUUGGGUGCCUAUCCGGCUCUGCCUACAUGUAAGGCGUUGAUAGCAUAAGCGCUAAAAAGCUUUAAGGUCAUACGAUUCACGCUUAAUGUCUUCAUUGCUGCCAUUGCUAAAAGCUAACUGCCAAUGAACCCCCAAGUAACGCAAUUGUAAGGACCGUGUGUGAGUGUCAUCUAGCCUAACCUCGAAUACACUAAUUAACUAAGCAUGUUGGUAUUUUAUCAAUUUUCGACAUUUUUGUUAAGGUCGUUCAUUUUGGCGAAAUGAAAUUAGGAACGCACAACAGUAACAGUAAAUAUGUGCAAUUUAUGAAAGUGCGAGUAAUUGAGCAAUAACGGAAGAACGUUGAGGAAAAUGUGCUUGCGACACAAGUAUCUUUUUAAUCAUAACUGUCUGGUGGCUAUCUAUGCCAAACGAUUGGGCAGGUCGGUGCGGGUGAGGCGAGGCUAGCACUUGGAAUGUGGGUACUUCACCACACUUUCGACACGUUCCACAUGUUAUUGUGCUCGUAAAACAAAUUAAACAGAAAUUGUUGUAAAUUAAUAAAAUAUGUAGCAAAUAUAGGGGGUUCCUACAUAACCCAACGUGUGUUUUGAGACUAUCAAAAUUAUGAAGUUAGACGAAGACUUUCCGAAAACGCUUUAUUGUGCCUAUCGUUAGCAAAACGCUAUUUGGAGAGUUUGCCUUGAAAACAGCAAUGUUGUAGCUUUAAACCCACGAAGGCACUAUUUAGUUUCACUAAAAUAUUUGAUACACUCACAGAGUAUACAUUGGAGAGUUUAUUUUCGGUUUUUGGUAUGAUGUAAUUGAAAGGUGGAGAAUUUUUCACUUAUAAAAAGAAAUGUAGCAGCAACAAAAAUACGUAGGAGCUAUAGCGAUUAAAAAUUUUUCCAGGUUUGACGUUAGAGACUUGCAUUGCUUGAGCAAAGUUCGUAAAAGCGUUGAUUAUAUGCUUGAUAAUUUUGCUAUGUAGACUUUGUAGAGUUUAUAUAGAAUGCCAUGCAAUCAUAUAAAGUAGUAUAUGUCGGUAAGAACGCAGGUAGCGUUGAUGUCUGACAACGCAAUCCGUCCUUUAGGAGGCUUAUUGUGAAACCACAAGAACUAAAACCUCCUCAAUACCUUAUAUCCUCGCUGAACCCCCACUGAAGUAGCAAAUGUAAACGCUGCUUGUUUUUCAAGAGCGAUAUUAUUUAUAUCAAAUAUUUUAGCUUAAUAAUAAUCGUAUAAUAUAACAUUUUUUACACGUUCUGAAGAAUGUAAGAAAAAAGUCGAACGCAACCGAAACUGCACUGGGUAUGCAAAAUUGCAUAGUGGAAAAUUACACUUGAAACAUUUGCGCACCUGAAAUCUGGUCUCCUUGUGCAUUUCUUUGUUGUACGAGUAUGUAUUUGUAAGUUAUAUUUUUCUUUUCUCUUUUGUACACUCUCCAUUUGUCUGCGCCCAAUCACUGAUUCCCCAGAUAACAUUGGAAUUUAUAAUUUCGACGCAAUAGGCUCGGCCAUGCCUGGUAUUAAAUUGUACGUUCGGGAAUGGAAAUAUUUAAGCGCCUGCGAUUGCACCUAUAAUUAUUUGGCAUGUGUCAUUGUUGUGAACUGCGAGCACUUCAGUAAAUAAACACGUGUAACAUGUAAUUGAGUGAUGAUAAAAUUUGUAUAAAAUGUAUAAAUUCCAGAGGAAUUUGCAAAGUGACUGAUAAGAGGUAGCAACGCGUAGAUAUGCAGUGAUAUAUUUACAUAGAUAUAACUACGUUAUAGGUUAUGUUGUG